UCACUUCAAACGUCAGUGUCGGUCGUCAGUGCCAUCUAUCAUCAUCUACAUGGAUAUCAUUGAUGAUUAUGAUGGAGUAUUUUCAGCUAUUGUGUUGUGUACAGUUUCCAUCUUAAUACUAGCCUAAUUUGAUAUUGGCUGCCCUUGCUUGGAUAACUGGCCAACAUCAGAUUUUGAAGAAUGCUGGCAUUCGUGCUAAAGAAUGGAUGCAAGAAGCUGACAAAGAGGUCAGUCGAGCAUCAAAACCACUCGAUUGUCUUUCCAAUUUAAGUAAACACUCAAUGUUCUGUGGAGACCAGAAAAAGCUAUUUAUCUUAUUGAGAGAGUGUAUCCUAAACCACAGGUGGAAUGAGGCACUUAAAAUAGGAACUACUAUCUUGGACCGGAAAAGUUAUCUUAGUGCACAGAAUGUUAAAGCUCUUAGACGGACCAUGCCAGAGGCUGUCUUGCAUACUGGUGAUGAAAAAGGGGAAGCAUAUCAUGACUUUAUAAGGUUGACUAAGGGAACGUUAGGAGGUCGUGGCAUCAGUGAGUUUGAGAUGAAUCUGGACGAGUUGAUCAAAUACCUUGAUGAUGACAAUAUAGGGGCUGCACGAGAUAUUGUAAAGUCUGAAAUCAAGUACAAAAAUAUCUUUGGACAGAGAGAAUACUACAAGCAUCAGCUCACCCUGUAUGAAGGACUCCUGUGGUACGCUGAAUGGCAUGCAGCUAAGCAGAAGAGAGAUGACCAAGAAGCAGAAGAUGAACUGUUGUUUGCCGGUAUGAGUACUCCCUUGGAAGAGGCGAUGAAAGUGCAUGCAGCCAAGGCCAUCCAGUGUUUCACAACCGUCAAACAGUUCCUCCAUGGCACUUGGGAUAUAUUCAUCACAAGAUUUGCCACACUGUUAGAAUACUAUGAGCAGGAUGGAAAAGCCCUCGAGUUAUUAGAGCACUACCAGGAGAAGAACCCUGGCAAUCCUAACGCACGGAUCUACCUGUAUGAAUACCAUAAACGACACAGAGCAGGAGAUGAUGUCUUGUUGGAGAUUCUGGAGAGGAUAGUCAAGGAGACACCGUCGUUACUGAUCGCCUUUGACCUCUGUGAAAUAUAUGUAAAAGCAGGUUGUAAAGAGAAGUCGAUCCCAGUUUUAUUUGAGAUGCUAGAUCACGUUCCUUGGCAGGAUGAGAUAAAACCCUGGGCAUUAUUGGCCAAUGUUCUGAUGGAACUCUCAGAUGACAGUGACCACGAGACUUUACUUCCCUUAAACAAGUGUUGGAAAGAGAGGAAGGACUGGUGGCCUGCAUACCACUUCCAUGUACGACCAGAAGAUGGACUAGGUGUGAAUCUUGUUGUCCACAAGGCUGUAGUGUCCACCCUUCUACUGGGGAAAGAUACCAAGUUUGUCCAGAGUGUGCUAGAUAUGGAUUUGGAAGCUUCGUUGAAGGACAGACUACUCGCAGCUUGUGAUAAGAGACUAUAUGACAGUGUGACUGAAAUGGAUGUGGAUCACACCAGAGAUACCUCUUUUCAGGUGUUCAAGUUAUGAUUACCUUUGCUCUGUGAAGUAACAUUCACUGCCUUUUCAUUGACUGUAAUUCAUGUCAAAUGUGAUAUCUGUCGACCUAUAAUUUGUACUGCCAGCCAAGGACUGCUAGCUAUCUUUUACCAAAUAAAUCUUUGUUUUUAA